GAAAAACAGCAGCUUUAUCACUUUAUUUGCUGAAGUGAAGAGAUGAAUGCUCUACAGUGGCUUUUGUUGUCCAUGUGCAUUUGCUCCAAAGUGACUCAACCUGAAGCUUCAUCUUGGACUGCUGCUGUGUCAUCCUCAGUGAAAGGUCUCCUUGGAUCAUGUGUGGUGAUCCCCUGCUCUUAUAACUACCCAGAUCCAAAAACCAAUACCACAAGCUUUACAGGGAUUUGGUACAAUGACAAUGAUCAAGUCGUCUAUCAUUCUGAUGCAUCUCAAACUCCGGGUCAGUUUCGGAAUAGGACAAAGCUGCUGGGAGACCUCAGCAAGAAGAACUGUUCUCUGAUGAUUGAUGAUCUUCAACAAAGUGAUGUGGGGCCUUUAUAUUUCCGGAUUGAAAUUAAAGGCUAUGACCAGUACUCCUACAAAAAUAACAAAGUCUCUAUUUCAGUCAGUCAACCUGAUUUAUCUGUGCAAGAGGAAGUAAAGGAGGGUGAGAAUGUGUCUGCAUCCUGCUCCGUGUUUCACUCCUGCCCCACAUAUCCACCUUCUUUCAUCUGGAGUCACUUUGGAGAACAGCAAAAUCAAACACAGCAGCUUCAUGAAGGCCAGUGGAAUUCAACAUCUACUCUGACCUUUCGCCCAAACCGCUCUGAUCACAACAAGCCUUUAAAAUGCAGAGUAACAUACCAUCGAGGGCUGCACCUGGAAACAUCUAAGAUACUUCAAGUAAAAUCUGCCCCUGACAUCAAGACUUCCUCAAAGUGCUCCUCUGAGAACGGCAUCAUAAAGUGUGACUGUAUCGUAGAGUCCGAGCCUCCCAGCAUGGUCUAUUUUAUUUUGGGUGACAGAGUCAUGCAAAGCAGCAAAGCAGAGAAAAAUGGCUCUGUUACUAUUGAGACUCUGCAGACAGACUUUGGGUCUUUCAGGCGUGUGCAGUGCCUGGCAAACAACAUGCUGGGAUAUGACAACAUCUUGCUCUCUUUACCUGUUAAUGACAACAUGCAGAAUAUUCUUAUCUCAUCUGGAGCAGGUGUGAUUUUUCUGAUUAUUCUGAUAGGAAGUGGGUUGGGAGUUGUUAAAAAAUGCAGGGGGAGAUCAAGAGACACAACAACCACUAACCUGAGCAACAUGAUGUCAGACAGACCUGUGGAGCUCCCUCAUAGUGCCCCACAAAAAAGAAAAAACUGCUGUAAGGAUAUCCCUUGCCCUGACAUGUACAACAACCCUCCUGUCUAUGGCAAUACUGACUGCGAUGAGUCAAUAUACAACAAUGUGUAGCGUGUGGAAAACCAGCUGCAGUCCAUGUUUGUGUCUUCUGAUAUGAAUCAAGAAAAACAUCCUUGUGCAACUUUAUCACAUAUUUCUAUCAUAUAUUUUUCACACUUUCUUUGGAAAAUAGAGUAAGUAAAUAGUAUUUGUUAAAGUGCUCUUGUUAAUCUCAUCUAGAACAUUUCCUUUGGCUUAUCAAAUUAUAUUGCUUAAAAAAUGACCAAUAAUGUAUUGUAAAAAUCUUUAAGUUGCUAGGUCGCAAAGGUUGCAGAUUUUAAAAAAUUCAAUCGCAAAAUUAUUAUUAUAAAGUAUAUAAUAUAUGACAUAUUUUUCACAAAUGUGUAAUUCACAUUUGUACAUUCUUACUGUAGGUUUGUAAAAAUCUACACUAAGAAUGUACUCAUGUUCAAAAUUAUCGCAACAUAUUGUCUGAUUAAAUUAUGUGCAAACUUGUCAAAUUACUAAAAAUGUUUUGAAACUAUGUUGUUCAUUAUUUAUACUCAAUAUCAUUUUUCUUUAUUAUUACCUUUGUUAAGAGCUGUUAUGGGUUAUCAAAUACAACAUCAGUCAAGUUAUAUGAUAUUGGUCUAUCAGCACAGGUCUAGUUGAAGGAUGUUUGACCUUCAUGGGGUGUGGGUAUUUGUGGAGAAUAACUAUAGAUUAGUCUUGAGCAUUUAUGCAAAAUGAAAUAAAGAACAAAAAAAGUGUGUUAUUCAACCAUAUUUAAUGUCUUACACAAUCGUUUACACAGUCAUGUUUUAAAAUUAAAAAAUUAAAAAAACUACCAUCAGAAUUAUUCAUGUAUGUUUUUGCUUCAUGAAGCCAUGUUACACAUUCUAUGCUAAUUUCCUUCUGUUUCCUAGGACCACUGCAAUAUACUCACGGCCUGUUUUAUAUUUUGAUACAUGACCAAAGUUCUUGCAAUUCAAUUGCAACACAAGUAAGACUAAUUGGUAAUUAGGUCUGGAUUUUGCAGGCCAGCAUGCCAAGGUGAACAAAUGUAGUAAAUGCUGCUUUGAAAAAAUGAUUUUGAAUAUUUGAUCGAGAUUAGUGGAAUUGCUCAGAGUUUUAUUAGUUUGAUCUUUCUGUUGUUAGAAAUGUGUGGAAAAGGUUUAAUUCAAAGACUUACAACAAUCAUCUGUGCCAGAGACAGCUUGCUUUCAACUCAAGUUAACACAGACCUUUAUAUCAAAGAUAUUUAAACAGACUGUGACUCAGUAGUCAAUGAAAAUAUUAAUACUGGUCAGAAGAUGGGGCUGUUAACCAAAAUUUAAAUAUAGCAGUUCCUGAAAAGGUUCAGCAAAAAAUCUGAAUUUGAAAUAUUGAAAAACAUGAACAUGCAACAAUAGAUAAAAUGGAAUAUGGUUUAUUCUUCAUUAAACAUUACAAAGCACAAAAUAAAACCAAGAAAAACAUGCUCAAAAGUCACAGAGUAAAGCAUGUGUGUAAAAAAAAAGAAAGAAAGAAAAAGUGAUUAAUAUUUGAAGUCAUAUGAAGGUGAUGUAAACUAACGGACACCAUCAGUCCAGAAAACAACAAACUGAAAACAUCAGAAAUUAACCACCACCACAACUUUCAGGAAUUCAGGAAGCUGGAAAUCAGAGUUAAGGGGAAGAAGAACACAAUGAAGAAUAGUACAAAAGGUUAAGUAAAAAAAUAACAUAAUUCCUUUUUUGUUUACAUUUUUUUCUGAUAUUUUCAUAUUCUAGAUAUUCUAGAUACAUAUUUAAGCAUUUUUUAUUCAUCUUUAGGCAUAAAAAGAACAUUUUAGAACUUCAUUUUUUAAACAUGUACUUUUUAAAGAGUUUUUUACAUGUUCACUUAGGUGGACAAUUUAUAGUGUAUAGAGUGAGACAUCAAUGUCCAGUGUAGUGGUUUAUGUGCAAGUAUACCAUCGACACUGACACAAAUACAAGAAAAUAGCCCUUGAAUAGCUGUCUACUGUAGUGACCACUAUGCGUGAAAUGGUUAAACAUACCUGAUUAUAUUCUGAUCAGUAUUAAGCAAUUAAGCAUAAUUGACUAUCAGAAAAAAAAAUACCUAAUACCAUUUCUCUUAUUCACAAUCCCGUAUAAUGAUGGGUUGUGUCACGGUACUGGGUGACCCAGUUUCGUUGUAUUUUGUUAUUCAUUUGUGUUCUAGUUUCAGUUUAGCUUAUCUAGUUAAUUUCUGCCAUUUUAGUCCUUUGUUUUUUAGAUCCUUUUGUGUCAUCUGCCCCUGUAGUAAGUCUCCCUGGUUUGUGUGUCUACCUAUCAUGGUUCUUGUCUGUGUGGUUCUUGUUGUCCUGUUUCCUGUUUAUUCUGAAAGUCUUGUUUCCAUGUUCUAUGUGCGUAUUUCCACUGUGGUGCCAUUAUGGUCAAUUGUGUCCGCUGUUUCUCCAUGUGUGUUCACUUCCCUCUGUUACACUCAGGGGCAAUUCUAGGAUCAGAGCUUUGGGGGUGCUGAGCACCCAGAGAGCUGCCCAUCCUGGCAAGGUCAACUUUAGUCAUCACGAUGAGACUUCUUCCCCGUCUCUGUCAGUCCCUGCAUCCUUAAAUGUCUCCAGUUGUCCCGAGUUCCCUCUGACUGUCUCCUUGGUGCAUUUAAACCCCUGUUCCUCCCUGUCCUCAUCGUCUGUUGUCUUCAUCUCCAUUAUCACUCAUCAUAAUUGUACCCUCUCUGUGCAAGUCUGCAAAUUUCUUUAUUAAAUCAUGAGAUUCUUAAAUUCAUCAAGUCUCUCUGUGCCUGGGUCCUACACUCCAAAAAUAGAAGAGUCCUUGAAAUGUACAAAAUAUUAUUACAAAAUUAGAAAAAUUGAGACACCUUGGCCUCUGGUACAAUGUAUACAAUGUAUGAAAAGAUCUUUAUUUGCCUAUUUGCACUACUCUGCCUGGUUUGCACUCAA